AGCUCGAGCAGUCAACUCCUCUUACACGCAGCAUCUCUCUCACACCAUGUGGACCCAGGUCAGCGCUCUGCUGCUCCCGCUCGCCUGCUGCCUCUGGUCGGCCGAGGCUCAGACUGCAAACAGACAAAGCAGCUGGAAUGAUCCCAUUAAAUUCAGCACCAAGGCCAAGGACCAGUGCACCAUGACCAUCACCGGUCAGGGGGAAUACACCAGGCUGAGGGUGACGUGCCAGAGCCGUCAGCGCUCCUACUGGUGCGAGUACAUUGGACGGCCUCACACCUGCAGCAGCUACAACAAAAACCCUCGCCACUACUUCGUGCAGAUGAUGUGGGGCCUCAGAAAGCUCCAAAACGCCUGCCUGGGGCCAAGGCAGAUCAAACCCCACAUGUGCAGGAAGGCAGGCGAUGAGUCCCAAAUGGUCUUCUCAUCAGGAUCCUUCUCCCGUACAUCGCCGGAGGCUCCAAUGAGGCCAAAACCAGCAACUCAGCCUGCGAGACCUCAACCUCGCCCUCGGCCCACAAGACCCGAUUCUGCAAGGCAACCUAAGGCAAAGCCCACAGAGAGAACCAAUUCAGAAUCAGCGACCCCACCUGUGGAGAGCAAAGCUAAGAGGUUGGCUCAGCAGUACUGCUGGAGGUCGCUUCGAGGCAUCUGCUCCUUCUUUAUUGGCUUGGUUCGGAAAGACUGAGGAAGAUGUACAAUGAAGACUUCAACUAUCUGAUUAUAGCAGCUCUUGAAGGGAAAACCCAACCGGCAGUUUGGUUUACAUUGUGGAAGAACUGUAGCGCCCUCUCCACAGGAAGAGAUGGUACUGCUGUGACCAUCUGAAGCAGGAUUUCUCUGUGAACCUUGCAUGCAUCACCCUACAAAUGUCACUGUUUGAAAAAAAACUCUACUACCUGUCUUAAUGUAACACAAGUCUGAAAUUCAAAGUUCUUCUCUGACUGAUGCACAAACAUUUGCAACAACACAUUUGACUGAGACAGAAAACAAAGACCUGAGUAUAAUCUACGUGCAUCACUUACUAUAUUGUUGGGAAAGAGACAAGGUCUGAAACAAGGGAGUGAUUUAUGUACUGCUGUAUUUAAAAGAAAUAUAUAAUGAAUGUGAAAAUAUCUUUAUUAAAUAAAUAAAUAUUAUUUUCCAUUA